CCGCACUUGUGCAGGAAAAAAAAAGGUGAAAAUAGAGUGAGAAGCAUUGGAGUACUCGUGAAAAGUUUCUCCUAUGAAGUUUUUGGUUGUUUAUGAACAUGAAGCAGUUGCCUCAGGAAACCGUCCGUUUACUUACAAGUUCCCAAGUGAUCACCUCUGUGUUGAAUGUAGUGAAAGAAUUAGUGGAGAAUUCGUUGGAUGCCGAUGCAUCAAGCAUUGAAGUGAAACUGGAUAAUUAUGGUUUUGACCGAAUUGAGGUGAGAGACAAUGGCAUUGGAAUUGAAGCCGCUGAUACGCCCGUUAUGGCUGUUAAACACUACACUUCAAAAAUCAGCAGCCAUGAUGACUUGGAAUCCUUAGAGACUUAUGGAUUCCGUGGUGAAGCAUUGGGAGCCCUGUGCGCUGUAUCUGAGGUAAUAAUUAUCACAAAGACUGCCUCUGAUGACGUUAGUACUCAGUACACAUUGGACUUUACUGGAAAUGUAGUCUCUCAAAAGCCUUCCCAUCUGGGUCAAGGAACAACUGUGAUGGUGCUAAAACUUUUUAAGAAUCUGCCUGUGAGGAAACAGUUUUACUCUUCUGCCAAAAAGUGUAAAGAGGAGUUAAAAAAGGUUCAGGAUCUCCUAAUGGCAUAUGCCAUAAUAAAACCGGAGCUGAGAAUGAUAUUUACACACAACAAGGCAAUUGUUUGGCAGAAAGCCAGGGUGUCGGAUCACAAAAUGGCCCUCAUGUCCGUGCUUGGAACUGCCUUGAUGAGCAACAUGCUACCUUUCCAACACCAUCAGGUGCAUCCAGAGGUUAGUCUUAGUGGAUUUCUUCCAAAACCAGGUUCUGACAGCACUUUGACAAGCUCAAGCAGCUCUGACAAAACUUUCAUUUUCGUGAAUCAAAGACCAGUUCAUCUAAAAGAAGUAAUGAAGCUGGUCCGACAGUACUAUAGCUCUCAGUCCUGCCAACAGUCUUCACAUUCACGGUGUCCUGUGUUGUUUAUGAACAUUGUUGUUCCUGCUGCUUCAGUUGACAUUAACCUCACACCUGAUAAAACACAAGUAAUGCUUCAGAACAAGGAAAACAUUUUAUCUGCUGUUGAGACCAUUUUAAUUUCAAUGUAUGGUGCACUGCCUUGUUCAGUACCUAAAGAUGUCAGCAGAAGAGAUCUUCCUAUGUCCGUGAAUGAAACCGAUUCACCUGACAGCAGGGUCCUCACAGGUGACACUUCAUUACCAACGCUAAACACUGGGAAGGAAAACACAAGUGUCCGACUUUCUGAGCCACCAGUGUCGUUCAACAAAACCAUGCCAACCAAGCCACUGGAGAGCACAUCAUCAGAAGGCGGCAGCUGCCAAAUCAUCAAUAACGCCUGCGAGUUUGAUGUGACUUUCACCCUUGAUGAUGAGAGGAUCCUUAUGGACAGCCAGCAGGGAAAUGGGUUAAAAUGUGCAGGUGAAAACGGCCUGCUGAAGAACCCAGGAGCUGUGGUGGACACAAAGGCUGAUGGUACUAAAGACUUCUCUGAAAUGACUGCCGAAAGCUGGAGCAUGGGUCAUGCAUUGAAAGAUUCCAACACAGGAGAGAAGCUGGAACCUGUGAAAGUCUUUGUGCCUCAUCAAAAGACAUUUGCAAACCAGAAUGAAAUCAACCUGCAGAGUUCAGAUUCAAGCCCAUGCAAAAAGCUGUCAAACGCUGUGACUGAGAAAAUGGCAAAGGUUACAGCCUAUGACUUGAUCAGCAACCGAACUGUGAGGCAGCCAAUGUCUGCCAGUGCAAUAUUCGAUCAAGAAAUGCGACCAAGGAUCCUAGAAGAGAAUCCGAAGGCCAGUCUGCAGGAUAUUACCAGCAGUGUUGAAGAUCUGUGGAAAAAUCUGAGCGAAGAGGAGCAAAAAAAGUAUGAGGACAAAGCUAAAAAGGACAGGGACCGAUAUAAAUUACAGACCAAGAAAGCAUCAGAGCAAAACAUUGACAGAUUUUCAAAAGGAGCAGAAAAACAUCCUAAACUGGGUUUGGCACGUAGUAAGCUUGAAAUCCAAAAGCGCAAGGAUCCUCUUUCAAACCAACAAAUAAUCGACAAGCUUUUUCAGUCCCAGAAAGAAAAGAAAUCCAACUCUGAGAAAGUGUUUAAAACUGUUCCUUUUUCUGUGAAUUCAUUAAAGCUCAGGCUUGGACUCCUUUCAGAACAGUGCCAUCAAAAAUCAGAAGGCCUUCAACUUGUAAACCGUCUGGGUUCGCACAGUGCGUGGGUUGUUUUAUCUGGAAGAAAACUCAUGUUGUUAAAUCCAUCUCGAGUGGAAGAAGCCUUGCUGUUUAAAAGGCUUAUGGAGACUAAUAUACUUCCAGCAGAGUGCCUGGACACUCCUGUAAAGUUAACAGAUGGUGUGCUUGGAGGGCCGCAGUAUACAGAUGCGCUGUACAACAUGGAAAAGGAAGACCCAGCAUUGAAUGGAGUGACCUACUUUUCAGACCCAAGGCUUGUGUCAAACGGGUUUAAAGUCAGACUCAUCCCAGGUGCCUCAACUGCUGAAAGACACUUGGAAGUUGCAGGGAUGUCUGACUGUGUGCCUUACUACAGUACAUCAGAUUUAAAGGAAAUUUUAAGUGCUGUUUUGAACAGAAACGCCAAAAGCGUGCAACAUUGCAGACCACUUAAAGUAAAAAAUUACCUUCAGGGAGAAGCUGUUCGCCUGGCACGCCAAUUACCACUGACCUUCUCAAAAGAAGAUGUUGAAGAUACAAUCUCCAGAAUGAAACAGCAGCUUGGAAAUGACAGCCAGAGCUGUAUACACGGGCGCCCGUUUUUCCAUUUGUUGAGAGAUAUUCCAGAAACUGAGGAAUAGGCUGUUCAGGAAAUAUUAGGAAUAAGAAACAAGCAUGCCUUGAUUCUGUGUGAAAAGUUUUGUAACAUUUUACUAUUAGUUUGCAGUUUCUAAGACUUUAUAGUUCCUUUUUACUCCUCUUCUGAGGUUUAGACCACUUCAAAUAGACCCCUAAAUCCCUAACUAUUUCUAAUAGUGAUGGGUGACACGAUCAGAGCUGAAAGUAUUCCCACAGCUACAUAGUUUUAGUGGCUUGUAAAUACUUAAAAUUACUUGUCAAAUGGGGUAAGUAUUUUUCUUGUCAGAGUUUAUAUUAUAGCACACAGUAUAGUCCCAGAACACAUUGUCAAACAAAGCACUUUGUAUUUACAAUUAAUGGUGUAUGUUAAUGUUGUAUGUGACUAUGGCAUGUUGUAAAUAAAGAAAGAAGGAAAGACUUGUAUGUUUUAUGUAUUAAUUGAAACAGGACAAAAAUUCGAAUGUGUUUUGGUGACAACUCGAAACAAGUAAUUCAGAUUUUUCCAUUUUUCUCUUCUUUCAUAUGCAAGAUGCUGUUGUUUUAGAGACUAGUCAGGAAGCUGACCUUCCUCACAACUGCACUGAGUGCAUCUCAGAAGAAAUUCUCUACCUGGUCACUGGCUUUUCAUGUCUUUUUAAAUUAUGCAUGUUUUAAAUAAACUCUAGCUGCACCACCACUACUAUUUUAACUGCUUAUUUCUCAUAAACCAUUUCAUGUGACUUCAUAAUUUCCAUGUUAUGGAAACUCCUUACACAAAAUCUAACGGUACCCUUCACUUUGACCUGUGACCUAGCGGUCAUAUUGUGGUCACAUGACUGUUUUCCAGUGGAAAAAGACCUAACACUGAGAUUCUGGCUUCAUACCCAAUACACACUUGUGCUCUGUGAUUCUCCAUGUAAAGCACAACAAAAAAGGGUUUUAAGUACAUUACAUAAGUGAAUCUUAUGAUUUAUAUGGUUCAGUACAGUAUGUGAUGACUGAGACCAGCUCUUUUGAUCAGGAAAUUUCCCUUAAAGGCAACUCCAGUAUAGAGAAAAGAAAGAAAGCAUAACGUGCCCAUUCAAAACUGGUACGUUAUGAUGUUUUCGGUCUUUUACGUCUGUAAAUUUAAUUUAUAAUUGUCCAGUCUUUUACAUGAUUGUUAAUAUAAUGUAUUAUAUUUUUCCACCAUUAAGACAAGAGUAUGGUCUU